AUGGAAAUGCAGAGAACCAGCGCGACACAAAACCUCCAGCAGCACCAAAGCUUCUUCUUCUGCAGCGGCGAGGCUCUGCAGGACGACGUCGGCGGGUUCGGGUGCACAGCAGCAGCAGCAGCAGGAGCAGCAGCAGCACACCAACAACUGGCGCAAGUAGACGCGUUCGAGCGCAAGAGGUCGAAACAGCAAAAGUUUCCUGCAAGCAAAAAGAUUUUCCCCUGGAUGAAAGAGUCCAGAGCCUCCAGCCAGAAGGCCGGCAGGAGGAGCGCAGACUGCAGCGUCACAGAGAAGUGUCCAGGCGCGACCCCGGCCUCCAAGAGGACGCGCACCGCGUACACGAGCGCGCAACUGGUGGAGCUGGAGAAGGAGUUCCACUUCAGCCGCUACCUGUGCAAGCCGCGGCGCGUGGAGAUGGCCAACCUGCUCAACCUCCACGAGAGGCAGAUCAAGAUCUGGUUCCAGAACCGGAGGAUGAAGCAGAAGAAGGACGAGCGGCUGCAGGGCCUCCCCGCCGCCACGUCCCCCUGCUCGCCCCCGUCCUCCCCCUCCGCCCCGGGCAGCCCAACUCUGUCCAGCCUGGGCUACGUCCACCUGGGCGGGGACUACCCGCCGGCCUCCCCUCCGCUCAAGCCCCAGCCCCAGCCCCAGCCCCAGCAGCAGUAUCCGGCAGAGUACUCCAAGUACCCGGCCCCGGGCUUCACGCACGGUCCGCAGUUUAACGCGCAGUACCACACGCACGCGACCUCACGCACACACGUGGAUAUUAACGGCUCAUAUUUCCCACAGAGCUGCACUCAGGACAGAAUCAUGCAAGCUCCAAAACUGACUCAUCUGUAGCAGAAACAUGAACAAAAACACUUUUAAUUCAUAGAAAAGGACUUUCUUGAUGCAUGCAUUUUUAUUAUUUAUUGAUUUGACUAAUUAGCCUAAAUAUUUAUUUGUAUUUAUUAUGUUAACUUUCACGCAUGGGCCUCCACACACAUCCAGCCCUGUGUUUGUUACAUUUAAAUGUUAUUUCAGCUACAUAAAUAAACAGUUUGUUGAGACUUCAGCGCAGUGAAUCCUCCUGAGAGCCAGAAGAGAAAAAGACUGUAACGCAGCCAAAACGUUGGAAUAAAUGGCAACUUUCCUUGUUUUUCUUUGGCUUGUUUGUUAAAGCUUAAUUAGCACUUGAGUUCUAUAACAUCAAAUUAACUUACUUAAUUACAAGGUGGAGUGUGGACGUGAUAUUAAAUUAUAAUCGUUAUAAAAGAAGCCAGUGUGGUUUUUUAAAACGUGUCUUUUGUUCUUUUGGGCCACACAGGCUGUCAAUCUGGAGAAAGAGCGCAUGAUGGAUCACUGAGUCUCUGCGCUGCUUUCCAGCCUGUCUGCAGGAUCCAUGCUGCCGACAGGCCGAAGAAAUGCUUCGGUAAUAAUCAGAUAAUAUAUCUUAACACCCAAGUUAU